UAUGCAUAUCUCUCACUAGUACCCAUUCCCUCAGUCAUUUACUGGUUAAUCAUCCUCUGUAUCCAUUUGUUCUUGCUGCUACCUCCUGCUCCAAUCUCUGCUAUUCCCAGUCUCCCCGCCUCUUAUGUUCUCCCUAGAGCAGUGAUAUUCCUGCGGUGCAUCCUAUUGCCUGGCACAGCGUACAUCUCCCCCUUCUUGGGUUCGUGCCUGGCUGUGGCACAGCUGCAGUAUGGAGGAUGUGGAUGGUCAAGGUGCAGGCAGAGCACAGCAGAUGGCAGGAUCAAGUCCAGUUUCUGGAGGUACCAGUAGAUGGAUCCCUCAGCAAAUCACAGGAAGAAGCCAUUCCUAUGCCAGGGAACUGUUGAAUGGUGAGUAUUCUGAAGAUGAAGAUCCUCCUGACCUGGAGUCUGAGUCUGGGGAUGUACCUAGUGGGUCAGAAGCUGGUUCAGGAAGCAUCAUUCUGGAGAGCCGGGAUUUAAGGAGCCAGAUAAUCCAGUUGCUAACAGAACUAGAGGAAACCAGAGAACUGGCACUAAAACAUGAAGACAGCUUCUUGGAGAUGCAAGGUAUCUUGGAGGAGGAGAGACUGGCAAGUGCACAACAAGCAGAGAUCUUCACCAAACAAAUCCAGAGACUGCAGGCCCAGCUCCGCUCUGUACAAGAGGAGGUUGACAGCUUGGAGCAAGAGAAAGAGUGUGAACUGCUGGAAGUAUCUCAAGAAUUGCGCUGUGCACAAGAGGAGAUCAUGUCUCUGAGACAUAGUGCAGAGGAGGCUGCAGCUGAGCGAGAGAGCGACAUUGCAUCCUUGCAGGAGGAACUGUGCCGCCUACGUGCAGAACUUCAUGAAUUGCAAGAGACACGACAAGAGUAUGAGAUGGAGAUAACCACCCUGAGAGCAGAGAUCAAUAUGAAAAGCUGUACUGGGCAUGUAGUUCAGCCCUCAGGCACACUACAUGGGGAGUUGCAGUUCUUGCGAGAUCAGUGCCAGCAUCUGCAGAUGGAGCGAAGCAUCCUUCAGGAGAGCAACAGUAAGCUGAAGAGUCACCUGCUGCUGCUUGGGGAAGAGGUUACAAGGGAUGUGGAUAUUGAUUCAGAGCAAGUGGUAAAUAAUUUAACACAAGAGCAUGAGAAAGAUAUAGAAGAGCUGACAGAAAACAAAAUUCCACAAUAUGAUCAAGUAGAAUCUAUUCCCUUGCCUUGUAUUGUGGAGGAAGAGGAGGGUCUGGCCUCUGAGGAGAACAUACAAAGGCAGAAACUAACCAAAGAAGAAGAAAGGCAGAAGCUGCACAGUCAGCUACUGAGUGCAGAAGAGAAAGUGCAGCUUGCCCAGAGUGAGUGUGAGGGACUCUUGUCUGAAAUUGAGGAACUGCAGAUGCGACAUCGAUUAAGUCAAGAGGAGCAAGACAAGUUACAGGAGGAGCUGAGGCUGUGCAGAGAGGAGAUUCACAGAUUGAAGGACAGUGGCUUACAGGCUGCUCUAUGGAAUCCUCUUCUGCUCCUGGCAGUGGCUGCAGCUGUUGUGUUACUGUGUCCCAGCCUGAGGAGAGGGCCUGACUGAGGACAGCACCCCACAGUACCCCAAUUCUACAUCAUUUAACACUGCAGACUGCCUUUAUGUACUUCAUUAUAAAAACAUUUGCUCCACAAUGAAACCCAUUGCACCAACAUUAUAUUACAUAAGACAGUACAGUACACAACAAGCAAGAUACAUUGAUACAUUGUGGCAGAUCUAAGGAAAAUACAAACAAAAUGUAUGUAAUUAGAUAUAGUACCAUGAGCAUAGACUUUAUGGUGUUGCAUUUUGGAACUCUAUAAAUCCUCACUGGCUAAUAGAGUUGCAAGAACCUGAGGGGUGGGAGCUGUAUCCUCUCUCAGCACCAUUGUAGAGUGUUUAGGCAUGGUGCACCUUAUCUGUCCUGUCUUCAAACCGUCAGACUGUUUUGCUUUCUUUUUCCAGUUGUAGAAGUAGCAGGCUCGUCAUCUAUAUGUCUGCUACAUUCUAUUGCUAUAAAGCUCUAAUCCAUUGGUCCUAUACCGUGCAAGAUGUGCCAAUAUCUGUGAAUGUUGUGUGUCUCAAUUAAGAGGUGCUAAACUUUGAAUUUUUAAUGCCCAGUUCUUAAGGUCCAGACUGCAUGUACAGUCGGUAACUUGACAUCGGCAGGUGCUUACCAAGACAGGGUGACACAAUCAUGGACUAAGUGAAACAUCAGUCUAUGGAAUCAGAAGCUUGGAGCUGUCUUUGGGACCUUAUAUUAGGGAGCUGAUUCAAUGCCAUAAGAUGAUAAUUACUUUUCAGGCUGCAUGAAUAUUUUUUUUAAACUAUUUAUUGAAACAGAUUUUUUUCGGUGAAGGUUUUCGAAGGGGAAACCCUAACCCUGGACAUCUGCAACCUAAAUUUGUUUCCAGCCAUAGGCUGUAUAAAUGUGCAACUCUUGUAUCUGGCUUUGCUCGUAAACGUUAAAAGAAACACUGAGGUGUUGGUCAUGCGCUCAGUGUACUUGUACAGGUUUUGCUUACUACUCACCAUUCAUUGUCUGUAUGUAAGCAUGGAAUUCGUUAUUGUAUUUUGAGACAUUAUUGCCAUAUGAGCAAAUACAUAUUUAACUUGUAGUUUGUAGAUUUAAAGGAUUUUAUGUGUCUGUUUAUAAUUCUGGGAGGGGUGAUAUAUUUAUUUGCAGAAAGAUCACUUUUUUCUAUGUACAUUUUUGCAGGUAAAGUAGUGGUGUAUUUUUGUUCUUUUAGAAUGUAAUCAAAGUGCAGUUGAUCUGCUUUUGUGCUUGUUGAAUCCUGUCCCAGUGAAGGAUUCUAAAUGCAAUUUUUGCUUAUCCUACCUAAAAACCCACUGUUAUUAUUAUAAACAACUACACAUAUUUCUAAAGCACGAACACAUUCUACGGCUCUGUACAAUGAAUGGGUGUAUUCAUUGAACAGAUUUACAUACAAAGCAGCCAGUAACCUAUACAAGAGUUAAAGAGGGUCCUGCCCAAAAAAACGUAGUAAAGCUUUGGUUAAAGCCUUUCUUUUCUAAUACCCCUCAUUACAAUAUAUUUUGAGUCCUUGCUCAAUUUAGACUUUAGCCUUUAUGCUUUGGAAACAAAGACUCAUAAUUGUUCAAAAAAUUGCUCUUUAAAAACACAAAUAUAGGAGGCUGAAGUGUAUAUUUUAAUACCAUUGCCAUGGCAAAAAGUUCUUAGCGGGCCCUCCCUUCUCCUUACACUUGUGCAAGAUAUUUUUAUUUCCCUUCCCUGCAUUUUUUAAAUGCAUAACAUUGCAAGCAUAUACGUACAAGAAUAUCGUACAACUCUGCUUAAGCUAAUAUUUAUGAAUGCAAUAUUAAUGAGUAUCUAGCCAAAUUCUAUAUAAUAUCUUAAAUUAUAAGACUAACACAUUCACAUAUUUAUCUGAGGGAAAUUGUAUUUUUCUUAUUUAUUUAACAGUGAUAUAAACCAUUCCAUUCUUAAAAACACCUAGUAUAAACCCACAUUAGAAAGAACGAGAAAUAAAUUAGUGAAAGUAUUUUUACUGCCUGAAUACAGAGUAAAACCAACUAAAAGGUCUGCACAUCCCUUUUUAAAUAGUGAUGCUAAAGCAAAAUGUGAUACUUUAAAUAACAUAAUAUAAAGAAACUUAUAUCUAUUAAUAAAGGGUGAAGCUGGAAAAAAUUGAACAGACCACAGUUUUCCAGUUUUGCCUGUUUAUAAAACUUCAGUGGAAAUGUUUCAUUCUAAUUGACUUGAACACAACCAUUUUCCUCACUUUGUCAAACAUUGUUGUCCUAUUAGAAUAAAAUAAUAAUGAAGUUACUAGCUCCAGUUUUAAUGUGAUUGUAUUGUAACACCAUGGUACUGUAUAAACUGGCCUGAACUUUGCAUGUGUAUUGUUAUCUUACCUAUUAACCUUUGGCUUAAACUUGCCAGGGGCCAUCCUCGGUCUGCUGCUGCAUCCCUGGAACUUGCCAGCUACUUUUCUGCUACAAGAAAAUAUGGCACAAUUACUACUUUAUUACAUUAAUUGCUAUAUUACAUGAUCAACAGGAAGUGAGCUGCUUAAAAAAUAUCUAUAUAGUAGCAAAACCAUUCUUUAAUUUAACUUGUAAUAUUCAUCCUCUAUAAAUCCUUUUCUGUGUGCAGCAAUUCUCCUUUAUGUUUCAGUGACAUCCUUGCAGGCAAAAAGCCUGGAUAUUAAGCCAUCACAUCAGACAUCUGGUUGGGUAGGCUAUCCAUAAACAGGGUAAUUCUCCCAAACCAUAAUAUCCACUAUCCACUGCAUUAAUGAGGUUCUGACAUUGCUUACUUCUUGUUCAGGUAUAUUGUAGGUACACAAUGGUAGAAUAUGAGAACAUGUACUGAAUCAUACAUUUUAUUCUCAUUAAUACGAUAACAAUAAGAGCACAACUAAGAAAAAUAGUUGUUAGGUUAUAGGAGCUCACUUUUAAGCGAACUCUUAAAUAAUGAAUUCUGUUGGGAUAUUACCUUGCUUUCAAUGAAUUAUUGCGUAUUUAAAAUCUUGGUGAUUUUUUUGACUGAUUUAUUUGUAUUGUAUAUAAUAUUAUUAUUUACUAUGUAUGCAUUAUAUUGCAGAUCCUGUGUAGUUGAUAAGCUGGACCACACCUUUAAUUUUUUUCUAUUCUUACAUUGUUUGGGCAGUUUACAAAAUCAUGGCCCAGACUUUUGUGGUACAUGGUGAGGUCCUUAAGAGUUACAGACUGAUCCCCCACAAUUAAUAUCAGCAGGUAACAGUUUAGAACUGGUGCUUCUUUUUAUAAUAUUUAAAAUCUGGAUAUUUAAUUCCCAAAAUAUCCAGAGCAGAAUGGUGCAAACCCUUUUAACACUUGUCUCCUAAGCAAAUAAAUUCUGGUGCUUUGUUAUAUCAUUACAAACAGUGUAGUUGUACUGUCAAUCUAUAAAGUUCUGAUCUUUGCCAAGUUAUAUUCCUUACAUACUGUGUGAGGUUCUGUGUGAGACUUCUUUUUUAUUACCAGCAACUUCACAUGCAUUAGUUAUUAUACAUAUUGUCUUGUAUCUGGAGUCCCUUUGAUCAAUUCUAUUGCAGAAAAUGGAUAACUUUUUUGAGUCAAUUGAGGGAAACCAAGCAGGUGCUGUAUUUGAUGCUGAAAGAAUAAAUAAUAGUAAUACGCAUAGUAUUUGAUGAUUUGGAAAUCUUUCAGUGUAAAAGGAAACUGAGAGCACCAGAAUUCUUAGAAACCACCAAAUUCUGCUCUUUGUGAUCCAAAGCAAAACUGAGUAAGUAGAAGAAAAUCCUUUAACUAAAAGAUAAGUUUUAGAUGUCUCAGGCAUAGUUUCAGACAAUAGCAACUUUUAUCCAUUACAAAGUAGUGUAUAUAAAAUUGCUGAUUGGUGCUUUAUUGUAGAGUUACAGUUUUGAUAGGCUUUCCAAAUACAUCCAUCCUUUGCAUAGUCAAUACAGCACUUAGUGAUCAAUGACUUUCAUGUCUUUUAUAUUUCACUGAGCAAAAAUCCCACAUUUUGCUAAACUUUCUUAAAUAUAAAUGUAAAAUGUAAGUAAUAAAAACAUGGUAAAUGGUAUACUUCUAUUUUAUCAGUUGGGUUUUGAUAAAGUUUAUGUAUAUAUAUGUGCGUAUAAUGUAUGUUUCGGAGAUAUACAGUAUUUGUAAUUUCUGAAAAACUGUUUUUGAAGGUUUUCGAAGGAAAGUUACAAUAAGUGAAGAAUAUGGUAUUAACUACAGGAGACUAAUGUGAGCCAUAUCAACAGAGCUAAUACUGCUGAUCUGCAAUGUUAUGUAUAUUUUUUUCCAGCAUAUUUCCAGUCCAUAACCCAGCUUGAAGUGUACCACCCAGUGCUCCUUGGCUUUGGUGUUAUUGCAGAUAGCCCCAAUUCCUUUCCAAAGAGACAAAUUCAUUUGUAGACAUGGCAAGGCACAACAAUGGCUGGACGGAUCUAGAUAUGGAAAUUGUAUAAUUAUUAUUAUAACUCCAACCACUUUUUUUCUGGGAAAGCAGUAAUAAUAAUAUCAGCCAUUUUAUGUAGCAAUUAUAAACUCUUUCCAUAGCCUUUUGGAUUCAUUGAAAACUGUUCUGAUAAACAGAUCUAGACUAGAAAUAUCAGCUGAAUGCCCAAUAUACAAUGUAGUAUAUAGACUAUUAUAUUUUUAUAGGAAAUCUUUGGAGCUUAGUUGUGAAACCUACCCAUAAACCUUAAAUAUCUCACUUACUUUAUUCCCAAUCUACCAUCUAUAAAAAAACAGACCUUUUAUGUUAUAACUGAUGGUGGCAGGAUAUAAAAAAUUAUAGACCUAUGAUAGUGUAUAGUAAGGUGCUUGAAAUUAUUGCAGCACUAAAUCUUUUGUCCACCUAAUUAGAUUUUAAAUAUGCUCAUUUACAUCCUCAAAAUACAAUAAUAAGCAUUGCACAGUGUUGAAAGUAGACAAGAAACAAAUUUUACAGGGAAUAUUAAAUAUAAGACGUGGCCCAGGAGCACCAGCCCCAAACUCAUAACAGGGGAAGCAGAGACCCAUAUAAAACAACACAAAAAUGGCAUUGGGCAGUCAAAAAAUGUGGGUCAUAAAAAAAACCCCAAAACAUGUAAAUACAUCUCUAUUGUCUUAUGCAUUUUAUGCUAAGUGAGCACUUAAUCAUAGGCUAACUGAGACAAAAAGGAAGUACCUAUUUAUACAAGCAAGUACCAAUAAAAAAUUGUUUUGAUGCUGGGUAAUGGACUGGUGCUUAAUGUAUGACAGAUCUUUCCUGUGUCAUAUCUGCUGCAAGUUUGUCUAAAUGUGACACAUAGUUCUGCUUUAUCUUUUGCUUUUCAAAUAACAGCGUUAAGAAAUGUUUGUGUAUAAUAAACAUGCUAAUAAAACUGCAUUUAUUUCCUCUGCAUCCAGAAGAUCAGUUUGUCUGUAAAGAUCUACCAAUUGUGUAUUUUGCUUGGUGACUUGUCUUUCUGGAGUAAAUAAAAUAAUUCAGUAACAGA